GUGGAGCAGGACGGAGCAAGGAUCCUGAGAAGAUAACACUCUCAAGAAAACAGGUUUUGUCUCCGCUGGCUAGCUAUUGACAGCUUACACCAGCUACAGCCUGUCGGAGAGGACAAGCAUAAACCGUCUCCAGUGACUGUUCACUACCAGCAGCUGUUCGGUGGUCGGUAUCAUUCCAUACAGAGAAGCAGAUGAAAUUAGCAAUGCCUGAAAAACAUGUCUCACAAAGAAGAUAAUGAAGGGAAAGGGAGCUCCCACCACACUGAAUUGUACACCAGCAUCCCUCGAACAUAUCUGCCCAUCGUGUACCACCCAGACUACAACAUCACCUUCAUGGGCCUUGAAAAGCUCCAUCCAUUUGAUGCAGGGAAGUGGGGGAAAGUCAUUCACUUCUUGAAAGAGGAGCAAUUCAUCACUGAUGGGGACAUCGUGGAAGCCUGUGAAGCUACUGAAGAGGAUCUGCUUGUGGUUCACACUAAACGUUACCUCAACAGAUUAAAGUGGUCUCUGGUGGUGGCAACGAUUACAGAAAUCCCACCUCUCAUGUUUCUGCCUAAUUUCCUGGUGCAGCGGAAAGUGUUGAAGCCUUUGCGGACACAGACUGGAGGAACAAUCAUGGCAGGAAAACUGGCUAUUGACAGAGGAUGGGCUAUCAAUGUAGGAGGAGGCUUUCACCACUGCUCCGGCGACAGGGGAGGGGGCUUUUGUGCCUACGCUGACAUCACUCUGGCCAUCAAGUUUCUGUUCGAGAGAGUGGAAGGCAUCUGCAGGGCUACUAUCAUUGAUCUGGAUGCUCAUCAGGGAAAUGGACACGAGCGUGAUUUCUUGGACGACAAGCGAGUGUUCAUCAUGGAUGUGUAUAAUCGCUACAUAUAUCCUGGUGAUGGAUAUGCCAAAAGAGCCAUAAAGAGGAGGGUGGAGUUGGACUGGGGCACUGAAGACACAGAGUACCUUCAUAAAGUAGAGCUCCACACUGGCGGAGCACUGAAUGAAGUCCGACCUGACAUUAUCGUCUACAACGCUGGGACGGAUAUCUUGGAUGGAGACCCCCUUGGAGGACUCUCCAUAUCACCACAGGGCAUUGUAAAGAGAGAUGAGAUUGUGUUCAGAGCUGCAAGGCAACGGGGCAUCCCCAUACUCAUGGUGACAUCUGGGGGAUACCAGAAGAAAACAGCCCGCAUCAUCGCUGACUCCAUCCUCAACUUGCAUCGGCAGGGUUUGAUUGGUGCAGAGGCCUUGGAGGGGGAGGGAUCAUCAUCAAUGGUGACCAGCAUGAUGUGCAGCUCUGGAUCUGUUGGAUCAAGAUUCACUGCUGUCUGAGGUGCAUUAAUCCUGCAUUAAUCAUCUCCAGCUGUGACAUUUUAAGGCACUGAAGUAACUUUAUAUUGUGCAGUUACUGUGUGACAGCAGAGGUGAUAUGUAAGGUUGCUGCUGUCACACAGAAAUUUGUUUUUGUCGCGUUUCAGUAACACUUUCUAUGAAGAACCGUCCUAUAGUGCAUUAUGAGGGCUUUCAUAAUUAAUCAAAAUGCAUUUAUAAUGAUUCAUGAAUACACUCAUAAACACACAUUAUCAACAGCCAUAAUACAUUAUAGAUGUGACUUAUAAUGUUCAAGUGUCUUAUGGAUGCUCUUGACUACUUAUAAACUAGAUGUUGACUACAUGAAAAUGCAUUAUACUUAACAACAACAAUGAAAUGGUGUGAUAAGGUAUGAAUUAUUGUACAUGAAUCAGUAUGUGCCGCACUUUACUUUACUCAACUAUUGAUACAACAUGGACUGCUAUAGCAUAUGAGUCCUUCCUAUAUUUGAUUGUUGAGAUGUGUAUAGGUAAGUAUAAGUAGUCAUAAUGUAUUAUAAGUAUUAUAAUCACUCAACCGGUCAGCCCUACACAUGGGUGUGUAUGUGACUGACUGAAUGAUCACACUUAGUUCAGGGGGUGGGGCUGCUUGUCCGCUGUCCUCUUCUGCCUUCGUAAUGCACAACUUUUUUCGAACACAUUGUCAUUGAGGGUCUUUCCACUAAAGCCCAAUACCCUGAAUGAGGCGGGUCCCACUCGCCGAAACGCCCCUAAUUUGAAUAUGAGCUGUCCGGAGCCGGCUUUUGUGCUGACUUUUUUUGGCCUUGUGGAAGAGCAGGGUCGUUUUUCUCCCAUGAAAAAAGCCUAGUUGCUGAUUGGAUGGAACGCUAAGCUGGAUGUGCCAUUAGUAAAAGCUGGCGAAACAGUGUUACCAAUUAAGCGACUUUGUUGCUAUAUUUAGCGACUUUUCAGACCCCCUUAGCGACUAUUUUUCAAAUAAGUGACUGGAGAAAAAUCCAGCGACUUUAUCUGCGGGGGCCGUUGGCUCCUUAAGAAGAGUAAGAACGAAUCAAAAUGGCCCAGUCCUCCUGCAGCAGUCUCUCCCAGCUGCAGUCACAGAGCCAGAGGGGAUGUAAACCCCUUAACGUCUAGUCUGCAAAUUGCUAAUAGGCUAACAGUUAGCUCUGUAGCAGUACAGUGUGUUGUAUGUGCUGCUGCUGCAGGAGGUGUUCACUUAGUGAUCCCUGUUUGUUUACAACAAGCACCAGACACUCUGUACACAGUUAGCGAUGCCGGUUAAUUCACGAUCACUAUGUUUAUAAUCAGCGGAGACUCUGUGCAUAAUUAGCCAUGCUGCUUUGUUUAUGAUCAGCUGCUGACGUUGUGCACAGUUAGCAACGGCGACCACAGUUGCAUCUCCAGUGUUUAAUUACGCGACGAUCGAAAACCAUACAUCACUUCUGGAGUCUAGUAAAUCCCUCUGGGGGCCUUUUUGUAAUGGAGACACGCAGAGUGAGCGGACAUUUGUGAGGGCGUGGCCUGAGACUUUCCUAGUGGCCACUUUUCCCCCUAAAGGAAACACAGCUAUUGGCGUGAAGUUAUUUACUUCACUCAUUUAAUUUUAAGGGUAAUUAUUAGGGUUCAAGCACCGAGUGGUGCAAAAUCAUUAUUGUUAGUCUAAGGUUUAUUAUAUCAUUAAGCAUAUUAAGCAUUAAGCAUACAACUGGUUUGUAUGACAGGCACAAAAUACUAACUGCCCAAAACAUUCACAUCAUAGACACUACUAUUAGCUAUUCCUGUAACACAUUGCCCGAAAAUGGCAAAAUCUCAUUAAUCGAAUGAGGUC